GUCAAAAUGGCACGUCAGCAAGAUGAUGUCGAUGAAUUAUUUGAUGUUAAAAGUGCAUUUUAUGUUGGAAAUUACCAACAAGCCAUCAAUGAGGCACAAAAUGUAUCUCCAUCUACGCCCCUAAUAGCUUUGCAGAGAGAUGCGUUCCUGUACCGCUCGUACAUCGCGCAAGGCAACUACAGGAUAGUGCUACAAGAGUUGAAGACUGCGGACCCCAUGCUGCUGCCGUUGAAGGGCUUGGUGGAUUAUCUGUCGCCAGGCGCUAAUAAAUUGGCUGUUGUGGCAGACAUUGAUGCUAGAGUGCAGAAGGGAACAGAGCUUGUGAACGAAGUGUUUCUGAUUGUAGCGGCCACCAUUUACUACCAUGAGGAAAACUAUGAGGCUGCUCUUAAGAUUCUCCACGGAGCUGAGGCCAUCGAACUCCGCGCCUUCACCCUCCAGUGUCUGCUGGCUAUGAACCGACAGGAUCUUGGCAAGAAGCACCUUGCUACCAUACAAGCCGUGGACGAUGAUAGCACGCUGGUUCAGCUGGGGCAGGCUUGGCUUAAUCUGUCGCAGGGUGGACCAGGAGUGCAGGAUGCGCACUACAGCAUCAUGGAGCUGUCGGAGCGGCUCGGAGCCCUAGGCGCCGGGCCGGCUGCUCUCGGCGCCGCCGCCGCUGCUUCCAGAGGCAUGUGGGAGGAGGCUGAGCAGAUGCUGAGCGAGGCGCAGGCGCGCGCGCCGCAACAGCCCGACUUACUGCUGGGGCUGGCCGUCGCUGCCAGGCACACGCCCAAGCCGCCCGAGGUGGCCUCACGCUACAUAGCCCAGCUGCUAGACAGCCACCCCGACCACCCGUUCACGAAGGACUACAACGCGAAGACCAACGAGUUCCGUCGUCUGGCCGCCCAGUACCAGCCGUCUGUGGCUAGCUAAAUAACACCUUAUUAGUAUCGGUACAGAGAUGAAUAUUGAAUGGAGUUGUAUUCUUGUUUAUUCAUAGAUUAUAUCAUUAUUUACUGAUUAAAA